AUGGCUGCUGCGGGAGCUUCUCAGGCUAGCUCCCCGCGCUUACCCAGUCCUCCUCCGUUCACAGAAGUUCAGAUCGGCCCCAAAUCGCCGUCGGUCGGCGAGUCGUUUGGUCAGGAUGCAGAGCAGCUGAUAGGUGCUUCCCAUGGCGCUGAUGAUGGCUCAACUCGGAGAAUCCGACCAGGAACCAAGUCUGUUGACAUGGCAGUUGGUCCGCCUCUGGUCCCUCUCUCCCAGCUCGACUCUUCCUUCCAGCUUCAAGAGCACCUCAAGGCCCUCUAUAACCACUACACCCGACCCGAAGGUUCUGACGCUGUCGUCCCGAUCAACCGGGAGGUUGCCAUUCAGCUUGCGGAGCCCCCGGAGGGCGUGGACCGGUCGCUUUGGCUCUAUGAGCUUUGCCGCUUCCUUACAAUGAAAGUAAACAAUCUUAUUAUUGCUUUCUUCGCCGAGAACCCCCCCUGCUCCGCGCAGACAUGCCCAGAAAUGCGAGCGUCAGAAUGGCAGUAUCUCUGCGCCGUUCACGAUCCGCCUAAAUCCUGCUGUGCGAUCGAUUAUUCUUGUCACACCCUGGAUUGGGCAACCAACAUCCUCACGUCACCCAAGUACUUCCCUAGUCGUCUCACACUAGGCUCGGAGGCAGGCGGUGGUGCACAGGCGAGCAUGAGACAUUUGACCAACAUCUUUCGUCGCCUCUAUCGUAUCUUUGCGCACGCCUGGUUUCAACAUCGGGAGGUGUUUUGGCAGGUCGAAGGCCACGAUGGGCUGUAUAUCUUUUUCAAGACGGUCUGUGAUCUGUACAGCCUGAUACCAGAAGACAAUUACACUGUUCCGGCUGAGGCAGAGGGUGCCGAUCCCGUUCAACCGGCAGAGGAGCAGACGGACGGGCGUCGCAUGACCAUACUGCGGAAGGAGGGUGAAGGUUCGCUAGCUGCCACACUGCAAGAGCCACCGUCGGCGACCACUCGACGUCACAAGAACAGUCCGUCAGCAAGUUCUCGGGUCACAACUGUCCGCGAUGUCACGACCAUCAGCGAAAGCGCCGAGGAUGACGAGCAGCAGCCGAAACAGCAGGAAACUGAAAAGCCCGCAGAACCGGCACAGAAGGAGCCAGAGCCUCAGCCGCCCGUGGAAGCCUCCAGUGAAGAUCCCAAGGCCACUAACGAAGAGGCGCCGAUUGGUAGCACCGAGUCACACAUUACCGUUGCAGAAGUGCAAGAUGAUGAAGAAACAGAAGCAGCUCCGCAGGCCAUUGACGCAGAUCCCAAGAAAAACGAGCAGGAGGAAUUAAAACCUAGCACCGAGGGAAGCGAUACGCAGAGGGAUGAGCCCGAAACAGCCUCAACCGAGGAGGCCCCGAAAUCCGAAUCAGAGGCGGAGACAGAACAAACCACCGAUCAAGAAGCCCAAGCAGUGCCUGAGCCGGCGAAAGAGACGUAA